UUCCUUUCCACCUUCCUCUCUCUUCCCUUAAUUAUAUCUCCUCUUUCCCCCUUCUAUUCCUUCUUAUAAACUCACUACUUUUCAUAUCCAAAAACUCCAUUAAAACUUACUCAACAAAAAAGUGUGAAUAUUUCAAAAUCCCAAGUCUUAAGCCAUAUAUUAAGAGAAUUUAGCUAUUAUGUACAAGAAAAUGAAGAUUUCUUCUAUUUUCAAGAAAAGAGAAAUAGGGGCAACCAAUUGGCAAUGGCCAUCUUGUGCACAUCCCAAGACUCUAUCUUUUAGAGCAGACGACAAUAUUUUCAAGACUAUUAAUUCAGUCUUUUUUGAGCCUUUAGAUGGAAUUGAAACCUCAGAAUCUUGGUUCACAAAUUCCUCAUCAGAAUCAGCUAGCAUUUCAACAGAAUCUAAUGAAGAAUGCUUAAGAGGAGAUCAACCUUUGGAAAUGAUCAUAAAAGGGGUUAGAUCAGAAAGACUAUUUUUUGAGCCUGGUAAUACAAGUUCAAUAUUUCAAGAACCAAAACCAUGUAAAAAUCAAGAACAGGAAGAUGAAGAAGAAAAUAAAGAAGAUGAUUUGCCAUUUAAAGAGAGUAUAGUUUUGGCUAUGGAAUCAGAGGAUCCUUAUUUGGAUUUCAAGAAGUCAAUGAAAGAAAUGGUGGAAAGUCAAGGGAUUAAAGAUUGGGAAGAUUUACAAGAGUUAUUAGCAUGGUAUUUGAAGAUGAAUGGGAAAGUAAAUCAUGGAUUUAUUUUGAGUGCUUUUGUGGAUUUGCUUAUUGAACUUGCUGCCCCUACUGAUCCUACUACUUCUGAUAAUUCUAUUACUUCUUAUUCUUCUGUUGCUUCUUCAUCUUUCUCUUGCCCUUCUUCUCCUUUGUCUCUUGUUGGACAUAAGGAGAUUGAGGAGCAAGAAAAUGGAGAAGUCCCUUAGGCUCCAGUGUGAUUUUAUUUUUUUUGGUUUGAUUGUUCAGCAUACGAAAUCUGCUGAUCCGACUACUUCAGAUUCAUGCAGAAUAGUUCUAUUCUCUAUCGAAAGAAUUUUUCAUUUCCGAGAUGUCCGAGACCGUGUAAAUAAAUGGAGAGAUCAAAAUCAUUCCAAUA